AACAGGGUGACGUAAGAAUUGGACCAGGUGGGGACAGGGAGCUAGACUCGGAAUGGGUGUGGCUAGAGCACAGACGUCUUUAAGGUAAAAGGUAUCUACUACUAUUGUCUCCUUUGCCUAUCCAGGCUGAAGAAGCAACUAUUGAUACUUAACACAGAGCUGUGGGUCCUGGUGAAAAAGCUGGUAAUCUCCUAGUCAGUGCAGGAGGGGGGAUAUUAGCUCAUCUGAUAGCUCAGAUAAGGCUCAGGGGGCUUUGGGAGCAAACAACCUGCUCUCAUUGUGUGAUCAGGAAGACCAAGGACCGCCAGCGCCAUGAGAGCUGUCCAGUACUGUCCACUGCUUCUGCUUUCUCUGGUUCUGCUAGCAAUCAACAGUGAGGCUCUGCAAUGUUAUACCUGUAUGGGCUCCAACAACGAUGACUGCAACCGGCAAGGCUCCAAAUCUUGUCCCAGCUACUCUGAUGCCUGUGCUGUGGUGGUGGGCCAUGACAGUGAGUCCAACAGUGACAGUGGGGUGAUGAAGUCAUGCUCCUACAAGUCUUUCUGCAGUCAGGCCAACAGCCAGGGCUACAGAGCACCAGGUGUCCGAGUUCACUGCUGCUACCGUGAUGACUGCAAUGUGACGAGCUUCGCCUCCCGUCUGCCAGGACUCAACUAUCUGCUGCUGUUUCAGCCUCUGUUGUUCCACUACUUAUUCAAGUAGACAUGCUGCUCAACUUCAUCAUGCCAAACAUGUAUCCAUCUGCAACACAAAUGCCAACUAACAUUGUUUUCAUUUACUUCAAAAACGCCAAAUAACAAUGCCUAAUUUCACACUACAUGAUGUCCUCCUUACUACCAUUCCACACUGCUUUCGACUUACCUUAUAUAUUUAAACAAAAACUAAGGAGAUAUUAAACAUAGAAGAGCUUGAUGUGCUUGGUGUGGCUGUGUGGAUUAUACCCACCAUGUUAGAUUGAAGCUAUUAAGCACUACUCAUGUAGAUGUGUCUUUCAGUGGAUUUCACUAAGCCAAUAACUGAAGGAUCCUAAGGGAAGUGCUGAAAUAACAGGCAGAAAACAUUUGUUAUUUGCUUCCUACAUUAAAGAAUAAGAGAUGCUGUUUGGGUUAAUCUGUUUCACAAUAUUGGUUUGAUACUCAGCACACAAUAUGUGGAACUACUUUUUUUUACCUAUACUCACAAUCACGGCUUGGGUUGAAGCAGAUGUUCCUGUGGCUAAAUAUGGCACGAAGAGCUCAAUCAUCUGGUGUGUCGUUACAUCAUUAGCCUACCUGUCAAUCACACAUCUGACGAGGUGUGCGAGAUAUUUUGGAAGGUGGUGAUGAUCCAAUUCUCACACACUGCAAAUCCACAAAAGCCUUUUUACAUGCCUGCAGCCAGGUGUGUUACAUUGAUGAGGUUAAUCCACUAUGUUUAAAGUCACUUAAAGAAUUACUGAGUUUAUAAACAGAGCCUAAGCAGAGCUCACUGGGGGAUGGCCUAUAAGUAGAGGUUACUGUAUAUAUUGUAUAAAAGAAAUGAACAAUGUCCAGUUGAUGACAAAUACUCUGCACUGUUUAUUGUGUAAUUUUCUUGGAACCUUGAAAUGUUACAAUUACAAUUUUAUAAUCAUCCUGUAAUUACAUUAUUUUAAGUCCUAGUCCAUUUAAAUGUAAUUGAAUCUAAAGACACUAGAGAUGCUCUUCCUUUCUCCACUGUAUAUAUUAUAUCAUAAGGAAAUAUAUUCUACAAUUUGUAGGUGUAGAAUAUAUGAGCUAAUAUUGGAUGUACAGGCUAAAUGAUAAAUAUAAUGUAAAUACAAGCACUACAAAAAUUGUUUUGUAAAUG